ACUCGUCAUGUGUUGGGAAACCUUAGUCUCGGUUUCUUUCUUCAGUUAUAGAAAGAAACAGAUGGUGUAGACCAGUGACUCUGCUGCAGUAAAGCAAAAUGGAUUUAUAGUAAUCAGUUCUGUUAAAAAAAUGGACACUUCAGGGAGCUGCUGUCAGCUGCUGAGUGGGCCGACCUCCAUAGAUCCGGUGUCCAGGUUUCUGGAAUCUGGAGCUGCAGACAUCGACUCUGUCUGUCAAAUGGAUAUGCAGGGUUAUAGACAAGUGCGCUGGAAGGUGUGGCUCUGCCACUUUGGAGCCCUAUGUUCCUUGGGUGCGCUGCUGUUAUUGUUCAGGUGGCGACCUCGCCUCGGCGUUUGGGUUCGUUGCUCCUCUUGCCCCAUUCCAAUGGCAGAUACCUUAAUUCUGAGGGAUAGUUAUGGGCAGCAUUUUGUCGUAGAGGUACAAACAAAAGAGAUUGAGGAGGGGAGUUUAGAGUUUGCAGGAGGAGAACUGGAUGAGAAUGAAUGCAGAGAUGAUAUCCAUCUGCACACAGAAGAGAAAACACUACUGCGAUACUAUGUGUUUGAGGGCAUACGGUAUGUGUGGUUUCCCAAAAAAGGGGCUUUCUGCAAAGUUAGUAUUCUCAGUGAAGCUUGGACUUGUGCUGAUUUGCACCACAGUCGGCGAGGACUGAGCCAACUGGACCAAAUUUCAAGGAGACAGAUUUUUGGGGACAAUAUCAUUGAUGUGCCUGUGAAGUCGUAUUUGCAGUUGCUGUUUGAAGAGGUCCUCACCCCUUUCUACGUGUUUCAAGUGUUCAGCAUCAUCCUGUGGUUGUUGGAUAAUUACUACGUUUAUGCUUUUUGCAUCUUUCUGAUAUCUUUAAUAUCCAUCAUUGUAUCCUUGUAUGAGAUCCGGAAGCAAAGCAGCACUCUACACAGCAUGGCCCGACUCGUAGUGAAUGUCACUGUACGCAGAGCCACUGGAGAGGAGUGUGUGAGUUCAAUGGAGCUGGUGCCAGGGGACUGUGUAGUGAUUCCUGCUGAAGGUCUUCACCUGCCGUUUGAUGCUGCCCUGUUGGACGGGGAAUGCGUAGUCAAUGAGAGCAUGCUGACUGGUGAGAGCGUGCCUGUGAUGAAGACCCCAUUGCCAGCCUCUGAAGUGAAAUACAGCCCUGAGUCUCAUCGUAGACACACACUGUUCUGUGGUACACAGCUCAUCCAAGCCAAAGGGGGUUGUCCCAGUGGGAAGGGGGCCAUAGCUGUAGUUACCCGCACAGGCUUUUUCACUUCUAAAGGUGAUCUCAUCACCUCCAUUCUCUACCCACAGCCAGUUAAAUUCCGUUUUUAUGCAGAUGCCAUGAAGUUUCUACUUGUCUUAGGAGUCCUGGCAUUGAUUGGCACAAUUUACAGUGUAGUGACGCUUUGGAAGAGCAAUACCACGUUGGGACAGCUCAUGAUCCGUUCUCUGGACAUUGUAACCAUUGUGGUGCCUCCAGCUCUCCCUGCUGCUCUAACAACAGGCACGAUCUACGCCCAGCAGCGCCUCAAGAAAAACGGCGUGUUCUGUAUAAGUCCGCCUCGCAUUAACGUCUGUGGAAAGAUUUCUCUCUUCUGCUUUGAUAAGACAGGUACUCUGACAGAGGAAGGUCUGGAUGUUUGGGGCGUGAAGGAGGUGAACAAAAAUGGUGCGGGGUUUGAUGAGCUUGUUCCUGACCCCUGUCUUCUCUCCCCGGGACCCAUGCUGUGGGCCUUGGCCUCCUGCCAUUCGGUAGCUUUACUUGGAGGGAAGCCAAUUGGAGACCCACUGGAACUCAAAAUGAUUGAAUCUACAGGCUGGAAACUGGAGGAGCCAACAAAUGAAACCGGCACAAGUGUUGAGUUUGGAAGUCAUCGGAUCCUUGCAGUGAUGAGGCCACCUGCUUUUCAGUAUGAGGGCACCUCCAUUAGUCAGCCAGUGGCAAUAGUGCGCCGUUUCCCUUUUUCCUCCUCUCUACAGAGGAUGAGUGUAGUGACCGUGGGAUCAGGAGGAGGCUCGGCUUGCUGCUUCCUCAAAGGGGCACCUGAGAUGGUGGCCAGCCACUGUGUGAAAAAAAGUGUACCUUCUCAGUUUACCAGCAUAUUCCAGGAGUUUACGAGUGAGGGCUUCAGGGUCCUAGCGCUCGCCUAUAAGGAGCUUGACGCCCAUACAGACCUGACCAGUAUUGAAAGGACAAAUGUGGAGGCAGAUUUGCAGUUCCUGGGGCUGUUAGUGAUGAAGAACCAGGUGAAGCCUGAAAGUGCAGGAGUCAUCAGCAUUUUGAAACGAGCACUAAUCCGCCCCGUCAUGGUCACUGGGGAUAACAUUCUUACAGCCCUGAAUGUAGCAAGAGCAUGUGGAAUGAUACCCUCACACGAGCAGAUUAUUUUUGUUCAUGCAUCGCCCCCUACUGCCAACUCAAUGGCAACGUUACGAUUUCAUCGAGGUGAAGGUGCUGUCAUCAGCACUCAAGAGACCAUGCAUAUUCUGGAACAGGGCCUUUACCAGAACAGUAUUAAGUAUCAUUUGGCUAUAAAUGGAAAGGCCUUCACAGAUCUGUGCAAUUAUUUUCCAGAGCAGCUACCUAAGAUUCUGAUGAAAGCAACAGUGUAUGCACGGAUGUCCCCGGACCAGAAGACUCAGUUGGUUAAAGCUCUACAGAAACUGGAUUAUAGAGUGGGCAUGUGUGGAGACGGCGCUAAUGACUGUGGAGCACUGAGGGCUGCUGAUGUCGGCGUCUCUCUGUCUGAGGCUGAGGCUUCUGUUGCCUCUCCCUUUACCUCCAAAUCUGACAACAUCAGUUGUGUGCCUUUGCUGAUCAGGGAGGGAAGAUGCUCACUGGUGACAUCCUUCAGUCUUUUUAAAUAUAUGGCACUGUACAGUCUGAUCCAGUUUUCCUCUGUACUCAUCCUUUACACUGUGAAAACAAACUUUGGUGAUUGGCAGUUCCUCUUCUUUGACUUGGCCUUGGUGACUGUGCUUGCUGUCGUGAUGGGUCUAGGUGGCCCCAGUGAUGAGCUUCACCACAAGAGGCCCCCUGCUAGCCUUCUAGCUGUGCCUGUUCUUUUUGCUUUAUUCCUCCACAUGCUUCUGCUCAUCCUGAGCCAGGUGGCUGCUCUGCUGAUCACUAAAUCACAGGAAUGGUACAUUCCUCUCAAUUCCACUGUGACAGGAGCAGAAAAUUUGCCAAACAUGGAGGACACAAGUCUGUUUGCUCUCUCAGGGUUCCAGUACAUCAUGAUGUGUGUAACUGUGACGAAAGGCUACCCUUACAAGAAACCACUUUACAAAAAUGUUUUUUUUCUGUUAGUGCUGCUGGUCCUGUUUGCAGUAAUGCUUUGGUUGGUUCUGGCCCCCCAGACCUAUAUUCACAAUAAACUGCAGCUGUAUAACAUCACGGACAUGAACUACAAACUGCUGCUGGUGGCACUCGCUGCUCUCAACUUCUUCAUGUGCUACUUGCUGGAGGUUAUCAUCGACAUGUUUGUUCCAAACUGUCUCCAUGCCCUGCGUGGAAAGCGGCAGUCGAAAAAGCAGUUCAAGCGUUUGGAUGCCCAACUAGCAGAAACUCCAUUGUGGCCACCACUGGAUCAAUUGCUUUACCCGUCAGUGUGUUCUUUUAGCGGAGGCAGCUAGCACAAGCCUCCUUGAACAAGUUAUUUUCCAUUAUGUACCACAAAUUGAUUUACUACCUCCAAAGGCAUUCAUUGACUAGGAAUUAGUGAAGGUAUAAUACUUGAUAAAACAUCUGCUCAAAGGACGGGAGGAGGAAAGAAAUGUCAUGGACUGCAACAUCCACCAAGUUAGGAUAAGAUAGCAAAAUAACCACUUGAGUUUCAGAAUAGCUAGCUCAAAUCACUGACUGAACUUUUAGUACUGUAAAUAUUUCUGUGAAGAAUUAAAUUGGGGGACCAUGUCUUGUGUACUGCACAUGAACUACUCAAGUUGAGAUCUUGAUGUAAAUAUGAAAUAUACUUGUGUGUAAUAUAUAUAUAUAUAUAUAUAUAUAUACACACACUAAGUAACUUUAAAAACGCACAAUGGAAUUCAACACGAUAUCACUUUAGCUCCAUGCAUAUAUUUGAAAUUUAUGAUAUUGUAUGUAAUGCACACACAUCUUGAAACAUCGAUAAAGGACAUUUAUUGUCAAACUCAAGAAUUAAUUCACAAUAAAAAAAUUCAAAGUGACAGUUGGUCCAUGUUCGGACCGUCAUGCUGGAGAUUCUGGGUCUGUGUCGUCCAGGGAUCUCAGCAGCAGUGACUGAGGGUGUCAGGAAUCUGUCACGGAGGUGAGCUAGCCUGAUGUGCUGAUCCUGAACUGGCGUCGUGACUCGAGGCUGACCAGGGCGUGGACGAUCCCUGGUGCUCCCUGUCUGUCUGUAACGCUGACUCAAACGGGAAAUGGUCGAAUGAUGAACACCGAAGUGCCGGGCGACCUCUGUCUGUGUACUUCCGGCAGCAACAUCCCGAUGGCCUGUUCACGUUGAUUUUGGCUUAGGCGUGGCAUCUUCAAUAAUGACAAUUUUCCCAUCAUUUCCCCCGGGUAUUUAUAGGCAAGAUUGUGUGUGUACAGUGUAUGCAAAAUUUGUUUGAAAAUUAAAGCCUGUCCAUGUCA